CUAAUUUUGCUGAUCUUCCUGCCUGGUUCCUUGUCCGAGUUCUUUGGCAUCUAUCUAUAUAUAAAUACUCACCCGCCUGUGUCUUCGGAAAUCCAAAACAUCACUCAACGGAUCUAAAUCCAAUCUCUCUACCAUAGCAUAUGUCUCAGAGAACUAACGUUCCUCAUUCUUCUUCUAUAGCCUUUGGCCUCCAUUCACAUCUCCUGGUUUCCAGUGAGAUGAACCCUAAUUCUAACUGGGCUUAUUGUUGUGGUUCAUCUUCUGAUUCUUAGAUCCUCCUCCCCUUUUCCCUUUCGAGGUUCAUCAAUUCGGCUGAUUCCAGGAAAAGGGUCUCUCAUAAACCACAAGAAUCUACCAGCCCUGUUCUUGAAAACCCAAUUGAUUAAUUGAAUCAAAUCUAAACCAGAUCAUUCAGAUUGUAAGAUGGGUGCUAAAGGGUUCGUCGAAGGAGGCAUAGCCUCGAUCAUUGCAGGGUGUUCCACCCACCCACUCGACCUCAUCAAGGUCCGCAUGCAGCUACAGGGUGAGUCCAAUGUCCCCAAUCCGGCAACCAUUCAGACUCUCCGCCCAGCUUACGCCUUCAACGCCUCCUCAGCCACCGCCGGCGCCAUCCACGCUCCUCCACCACCACCGCCAAGAAUGGGACCCGUAACCGUCGGCGUCAAAAUCUUUCAGACCGAAGGAGUCGCCGCUCUCUUCUCUGGCGUCUCCGCCACGGUCCUCCGGCAAACACUCUACUCCACCACCCGCAUGGGCCUCUACGACAUCCUCAAGCAAAAAUGGACGGACCCCAACUCGGGCAAAAUGCCGCUCGUACGCAAGAUAGCAGCGGGCCUCAUCGCCGGAGGAAUCGGCGCCGCUGUCGGCAACCCAGCAGACGUAGCCAUGGUGCGCAUGCAAGCCGACGGGCGUCUCCCGGUGGCGCAGCGCAGGAACUACAAGAGUGUCGUGGACGCCAUCCAACAGAUGACGAAGCAGGAAGGGAUCACGAGCCUGUGGAGAGGAUCGUCGUUGACGGUGAACAGGGCCAUGAUCGUGACGGCAUCACAGCUUGCGACGUAUGAUCAGGUGAAGGAGAUGAUACUUGGGAAUGGUAUAAUGAAGGAUGGGCUUGGAACCCACGUGACUGCUAGCUUUGUUGCUGGGUUUGUGGCUUCGGUGGCAUCGAAUCCUGUGGAUGUGAUUAAGACAAGGGUGAUGAAUAUGAAGGUGGAAGCAGGGGCGGAGCCGCCUUACUCUGGGGCGAUGGAUUGUGCUUUGAAGACAGUGAAGGCUGAAGGUCCAAUGGCUCUAUACAAGGGCUUUAUUCCCACAAUAUCGAGGCAGGGCCCGUUUACUGUGGUUCUGUUCGUGACGCUUGAGCAGGUUCGGAAGCUGCUCAAGGAUUUCUGAGUUCUCUCAGAUAGAUGAUGACGAAGAAUCAUUUCACAUUGAGAUGACAAUGGAAAAUUAGUAAUAAUGAUUCAAAUUUCUUUUGGGGGUUUUAACGUUUUUUAAGAUCCCUGAAGUGUGGGAAUCAGGAACUAGGAAGUGGAAACUACAGCAUUUAUAAUUAGUAUGCCUUUCAUCUUUCAUUUCCUCUAAUAUUUUUUUGAAUUGGUUUACGGUAUUGAGAUAUGAAUGAAUGUAGUAGUUUCUGUUUAAAGAGUA